AUGGUUCGUUACACUCCUCUACUCGCUGAUGGCCAACGCGUGAAACUCUCCUGGCCAUUGUGGCUGUUCCACUUCAAUCACAUCUUCUGGCCACUGGAUGAAGGAACCUCAUCGAAUGGGCGACGCUUUGAUUACUUCCUUGCGGCUCUUGCCUGGGCUGUGCUUAUGCUUCACAACGAUUUCGAGUUGCGCUAUUUGCUCAGCCAAAUAAAUAAUUUGGAUCUUCUGCUCGCCGGUGUGCCGACUUAUCUCAUCCUAGUCGAGGGACAAUUGCGAAGUGUUCACAUUCUGAUGCAUCGGGAGCAGUUGCGAAAAGUUCUCCAGAACUUCUUCAGCUCCAUCUAUGUGGAGGCCAAGAAGGAGCCGCUCAUCUAUAAAGGCAUCCAAAGGAAACUUCGCUUGAAUCGUGUGGUGUGUGCUCUCUAUUUAGCCGCCGUCUCGGGUUAUGUUCUGUCGCCUAUUAUGAUGUUGUUGCGUGGACGCAAGGAUUACCUCUUCUCCAUGAUUCCGGCGUUCGAUGUGAAUCCUCUCUACAUCUUUGUGCCGUUCACAUUGAGCAGCGUCUAUGUGGCACUGCAGAUAGUCACAAUGGUGUUCGGGGAGCUCGCUUUGGUCUGCGAACUGAUGGCGCAUCUCAAUGGACGUUUUAGGGUGAUAAAGCGCGAUUUGGAUGCAGCUAUAGAGAAGAUUCUCGAAGCCCGACAACGUCCGCUUAUGGCGCAGCAAAUGCGCGAAGUUCUGGUGCAAACCAUGCGCCAGAAUGUUGCCUUGAACCGAUUCAUGGCACGAAUGGAGCAGCAUUUCACUGUGCAAAUAUUCAUCAUGUUUGCCUUCAGCGCCAUUCUGCUGUGCGCUUUAGGCUUCAAGACUUAUGUGAGUCCUUCUGGCACUUACAUUUAUCCCAUUUGGUUUGGCGCCAAGACUGUGGAGUUGCUCUCGCUGGGACAAAUGGGAUCGGAUAUAGCUUAUAUGACAAAUUCCCAGAGCAGCAUUUACUACCUUUCGCAGUGGGAGCAAGUGUUGUAUUAUUCCACCAAUUCUCGUGAGAAUCUGCGCUUGAUGAAGGUCAUCACCUUGGCGAUUGAGCUCAAUUACAAACCCUUCUAUUUUACGGGUCUCUCCUACUUUUAUGUCAGCUUACAGGCAGUUGUUAAGAUACUUCAGGGCGCCUUCUCCUACUUUACGUUUCUUAGCUCAAUGCGUUUGAAGCAAGUUUAA